GUUCGGCCAAUCAGACUGAGGUAAACAGCGAGUUUCCUCCGCGCUGCUCGCCUUAACUGUGCGGUCGGCGCAGCUGGCAGCAGUUGUCAUGGAGAUGAGCGCAGGCCCUUCGUCUGUGCGAGGGGCAGUGCCCGCGGAGAGCCCGCCCCGGGGCUCGCUGGUGGCGGCGGCGGAGGACGACGAGCACCGCGAGCAGCCGCAGCCCGAACAGACAGUCCGGUCCGGAGACUUCUACAUGCUCAUUGUGAUCGGAGAGAUCGCCACCGAGCAGCAGCUGCAGACCGCCAGACUGCACAUAGAGCGCGGUAUCCGUUCCUGGGACAUCAGUGUGUCUGAAUGUGAUCUGGACCAACAACUGCAGCUGUUCAUAACCAGACAUUCAGCCCAGUUCUCCGCUGAGGUCAGAGGGCAAAGGACUCUGCAACACAAAAGUGAUGUUCUUGAGACGGUUGUAUUAGUAAACCCCUCCGAAGAUACUGUUAUCUCUGAGAUCCAUUGUCUUGUAUCUGACCCAGCUGUGCACAAGCUGUUAGUACUGAGUGGGCAGAGCUCUGACCAAGGUGACCUGGUUCUCCAAACUGGAGUGUUCAGUCAUCAGACCUUCUUACGCGUGUUUGCAGAACCUGGGGUCAGCCAUUUGCUGGGUAAAGCCAGCUCUGGACAGCGGGCAUCACUGACUGUGUCUUGCCGUAGUGACGCAGGCUGGAGCUCUCUGGGGCAACAGCAACGGAUUAGGGAGUUGCUGAAUUAUACGCUAAAUCCAGAACCCAUACUCCCUAAGAUGGAGGGGGUCACUGAGUUUACUGAAUACAUAUCUGAGACUGUGGAUGUACCAUCCCCAUUUGACCUUCUUGAGCCUCCAACCUCUGGAGGAUUCCUGAAGCUCUCAAAGCCUUGCUGCUACAUCUUUCCCGGUGGACGUGGGGAUUCGGCGCUUUUUGCUGUCAAUGGUUUCAACAUUUUGAUUGAUGGUGGCUCUGACAGAAGGUCAUGCUUCUGGAAGCUUGUCAGACAUUUAGAUCGUAUUGAUUCUGUCCUUCUUACACAUAUUGGUGCUGAUAAUCUCCCUGGGAUCAAUGGACUUCUUCAAAGGAAGGUUGCAGAGCAGGAGGAGGAGCAGUCUCAAGGCUCAACUACCUACAGUGAUUGGAUGAAAAACCUGAUAUCACCAGAGCUUGGAGUAGUGUUCUUCAAUGUACCUGAAAAGCUUCGGACAUCAGAAUCAAAUUUAAAAGUCAAGCGAAGCAUUGAGGAAGCAUCUCUGACUUUGCAAUACCUCAACAAGUUGGGAAUAAAACCUGAGCCUCUUUUUCGAGUGGUUAGUAAUACCAUCGAGCCCAUCACUCUUUUCCACAAGAUGGGUGUGGGAAGGUUAGACAUGUUUGUCUUGAACCCUGUGAAGGACAGUAAGGAAAUGCAGUUCCUCAUGCAAAAGUGGGCAGGUAACAGCAAGGCCAAGACAGGGAUAAUUCUUCCCAAUGGAAAAGAAGGAGAAAUAUCUGUACCAUAUUUGACAUCUAUUACUGCUCUCGUUGUAUGGCUCCCUGCCAGUCCCACAGAGAAAAUCGUAAGGGUUUUAUUUCCUGGAAAUGCACCACAAAACAAAAUACUUGAAGGGCUCGAAAAGUUAAAGCACCUUGAUUUCUUGCGGUAUCCAGUAGCCACACAAAAAGACAUAAAUUCUGGUGUUUCACCUUCAGCAGUAAAACAAACAAAACUAAAGCAAAGGACUGACAGCAAAGAAAGUCUAAAGUCAUCUCCCAAGACUCACACACCAGCCAAGCCUUCUAAGAAAGAAACAGACGAGCAUGAGGAUGUAUCUGUAGUCGAAACAAAGAGUGACUCUGUCAAAGAGAACAAGGUUGAGAAAAAAGAAGAAAAGAAACACACCAAGUCAUUGAAACCAAAAGCAGAAGUAACAGAAAAGAAAAAGUUAUUGAAGGAAAAACCACUAAAAAAACACCCGAAGGAAAGGUUGUCCAAAAUGGAUGAAAAGAAAGACAAAGAAAAGAGGGAGAUUAAGAAAGAAAAACGUGUAAUUAAACAAGAUGAUUCAGUGAAAAAAGAUGAGAAAAAAAUGAAAGCCAAGGACAGUUCUAAACCUGAAUUGAGGAAAAUAACUAAACCUGAACUGAAACCUUUCACACCAGAGGUCAGAAAGACCCUCCAUAAGGCCAAAACCCAAGGGAAACCCAAAUCAAUAAAGAAAAAACCUACAACUGCCAAGGCAGAGAUUGCAGAGAUUACAGCAGAACCUGUGGCCGAAAAGACUGAACCUGAGAAGCAGGAGAAUGGGACUGUAGAAGAUAUAUCUGCUCCGGAAGAUUUAACAAAAGACUUAAAUAAAAUCAAACCCACUGAAGUGACAUAUCAGUCAGAAUCCCCCAAAAGUGACCUUACUGUCUCUGAAUUACCAGCUGAGAAAGAUAUUGAACCCUCAAAGUCUGCAGAGGACAAAGUUGGAGAAACCGAUAUGGUGGAACAGAAAACUAAAGUGGAAGAAGUAUCUGCAUCAGCAGGAAUUAAAGAAGUGUCAUCAGCUGCUGUGAAAGAAAAAGAUGAGUCCCAAACUUCAGAAAUUGAGAAAUUUGAGGAUGAGGGUGCUGCAAUUGAAGAUGAAGAUGAGGAAGAGAUUGAUAUACAGCCUGUUAAGAAAAAGACUGACGAUGAGGAGGAGGAAGAUAUGGGAAUUGGAGAUGAAGAGGAUGAAGGGCCAGCAAAAGAAACUAAAGACCUGGAGGGAGUGGACAGAAAACAUGAAGUUGAGGAAAUGGAGAAGCAAAAACAAGUGGAGGAAAGAAGGAUUGAAGCUGAAGACGAGCAGUUUGAAGAAGAGGACGUGAUUGAAAAAGCUGAGCUGGAGGAGGCUGAAGAUUUAGAUGCCAUUGCAGAUGAAGAAAUUAAAGAGCUCUCUCCUGAGAAAGUCAAAGACGAAGAGGAUGCAUACAUGUCAAAUGUUGGAGGUGUCACAGCUGGCAUUACCUCUACAGCGCAAGGCGCUGCUGCAGCAGAAAACCUAUCAUACAUCCAGGAUGAAACCAUCCCAGGUUACUCUGAGACUGAGCAGACAAUUUCAGAUGAGGAGAUCCAUGAAGAAGCAGAGGACAGGAUACCACACCUUCAGUAUGAAGUUGGAAGCUAUGACGUCUCUGUCCCAGACCAACCAGGCUCAUUUGAUGCCAUGCAUGGAAUGAGAGAAAUGCAAGCUGCUGCAAUGGGCAAUGGAACCAGCAAAGUAUUCAUGGGUGCACAGGAACCAGCGAUUUCUAUCUACACCAGCAUUCUUGCAGCUCCAUUAGCUGAAGAAGAACAUGUUUCUUCAGCGACAUCCAUAACAGAGUAUGACAAACUGUCUUCUCUACCCACUUCCAUUGCAGAAGAUCAGUCAGUGGCAUCAGUCACAGCACCUCAGACUGAAGACACAGGAAAAAGCUCCCUGGUCUUGGACACUGUUCAACCAAUUACACAGACUGAGGCAACCCAAGGGAAAGACUACUUACAUUCAGCUGGAACCAUCUCACCAACAUCCUCCUUGGAGGAAGACAAGUGCUUCAAGUCCUCUCCCUCUGAUGAAUCCCCUCCACUUCCCUUAGAAGGCAAAACUGAGGGAAUUGAGAUGGCUGCCCAUUACGAUGAUGAAGAAGAGGAUGAAUAUGAUCAAACGCCAAAUGUUGACAUUUCACUUGAAAAGUUACAAGAAGGAUAUGCCUCACCAGAUAAACUUGAACACAAGGACAAAGAAAUGGACAAACCCAAAAGUCCUGUGCCCUUAGCUCCUGAUAUGUCAAAAUCCUCUAUUCCUGAGUCAGAAAAGGCAUCGGUAGCAUCUCCUAAGGAGGAUAUGUCUUUUAAAGAACAAGCAAUUCUCUCUUCCUCAUCUCACAGUGUUUCUAAGCUUCCUGUUUCUGAAGCUAGUGUUUAUCCAGAGGUAGAAGACCGGUGCGUUAGCCCUGAUGACAGCACUGUAAAAAUGGCAUCUCCUACACAUUCUGGACCACCUAGUGCUUCUCACUCUCCCCUUAGAAUGUCACCGGUGGAAGGAAAGGAUAAAGUGCUCCUUAAAGACACUCAUCAAGAACAAGGAGUGCCAAUUAGCCCUACUGAAUUUAAAUUUGAAAAGAAAAAUGAAAAACAAGAAUCUGACAUUUUAGAUGAGAAGGAAAAACCUCAAGCAGAGAAAGAAGAAAAAAUUAUUAUUCAGAAAGCAGUCACUGCACCAUCCCCACUAGUUGAUGACUUCUUGGCUAAAAAGGAAAGUGAGUCAGUUCCACCACCAAAAGAUGUAAGUGAUACGAAGGAAAUACCAGAUCCAAGUGUUGAAAAGAAAGUUGAAGUUAAAGAGGGCUUAAAAGAAGCAGAGGAUAAAGAUAGCAAGUUAUCAGAUGAUCAUGACGUUAAAGAAACUUGUGAUUUAAAACUGUCUACAGAGAAAGAGAAAAAAGAGCAAGAGAAACAAAAGGAGGGUGAGGGUGAUGCUGAAGAGAAGUAUAACGAUAAAGAUGAGUUCUUAAAAUAUGCAGAGGUUACAGAUAAAGGUGCUGGGAAAUCAGAACUGGAGAAAGCUACACAGCCCUCUAAAGAGGAUUUUGAUAAGAAAAACGCAAAUGAAGAAUUUCAAGAUAAAGGUUAUCUAGCAGUAUUGGAAGGACUGGAGAUAGAGAAACAGGUGAAACAAGUAGAAGAAAUUCAGCCAGAGAAACCUGAAAUAUCUUCUAAAUUAGACAAGGAUGCCAAGGAAAAAGAUGUGACUGGUGCAUCUUGUCAGUUCUUAGAAAGCCCAGACAUCAAAGCAGAAACAUCAACAUCUCCUGAAUCAACAAAAAUAGAUACAGAGACACAUGGCACUAAAGAGACAGACAUAAAAACUAAACCUGAGAAAACUUCACAACAGAAACCAGAGUCAAUUGAUACUACAACUGAACAGGUGGCUUUGACGGAAACUGAUUCUUCUGUCAGUAUAGCCCAGUUUACAGAAGACACAGAUAGCCUCAAAUCUAAAACACAACAACUAGGUGAAAAAACAGAUGUUACCUUGAAAGAAGAAAAGGCGGAAAGUAAAAGUGUGACUGGCCUGACAUAUGAGAAUAUCACUACAGCUGCCAAAGAACAUGAUAAAUCUUGGAAUGAAAAUGUGGAGGAAGUAAAAUCUUCGACACAAGAGCAAAUUUCCCCUUUAAAAACAGAUGUUCAAUCUACAGAGAUGCACGUAGAUAUGUCCAUUAUGGAGAAAGAUAUCUCCUCUAAGGAUGAUGAAGAAUUUAAAUUGAAGACAACACAAGAGAUGGAAGAACAUAUAUCAGGGGAAAUUUCUCCUGAGACUAAAAUGACUAGUGAAAAGGAUGAGGUCUUGGAGCAGAAGCUAAUAGAAGAAACCCAAAAUACACAACAAUUACAAAAAGCAGACAUAUCAUCCAAAGCAGAGCCUCAAAUGUCACAUUCUGCAGUCUCAGAGGACACAGAUGAUGGACACCAAAUUAGCCAAGAUAUAGAGAAAAGUGUAGAAGACAUUAAAUGCAAAACACAAAUAUCCAUUUUAGAAAAUUUAGACUUCCCACCAACAGUAGACCAAGAAUCUAAAGCCAAAAAAGCAGACUUGAGCCAAGAUCAAGUCUCACUGGUUGAAUCUGAGAAAUUAGAUUUGUCUGCUGAGGGAGAUCAAGAAUGCAAAAAGGCUGUGGAAAUACCUAGCAAACCAGAUGAAGAAUCUAUAGAAUGUCAAAUUUACGAAAAGAAGGAUGAGCUUAGCAUUUCUAAAUCUGUUUUUGAACCUGAAGUACAAAGUGAAUUCCAGCCAGUAACAUCAGACAAAGAAGGUUUGCAUACUAAAGAAGAUGAAAGUAACAAAGUCACAUUCGUCAAAUCUGAACAAUCAGUUGAGUUUGAAGAAAUAUCCUCAAAACCAUAUGAAUCUAAAUAUAAAUUUGUGGAGGAAACUCAACUUCAGGUAUCUAAGGAUCAAUCAGUUCCUGAGAGUUCAAUUACAGUUGCUAAGAAGGACCAACUGUAUGAAGAAAAACAAACUGAAGAGACUGUAACAAAAGCACCUCAGUCAAGUAUAGAGACAAAUGUACCACCUGACACAAAACAAGAAUUUGAGGCCACAUCUGUGGAAGACAAAAAGACAGAACUGAUUUUAUCAGAAUCAAAAACUGUAGAUUCAAAAGCAGAACAUGAUACUCUAGAGACAGAGACGAAAAGUGAAAUUACCACUGUAGAAGACAAAACAACUGAAUCAAAAGUAAGCAAAGAGACAGAAGAAAAAAUAUUAAAAGAAGAUGCAUCAAAACUAGUGUUAGAUGAACCAGACACCAACAUGGACUUGGGAGCUAAAGAGAAAUCUCUUGUGGAAAAUUUAGAACGAACGAGAAAGACCUCAGAUCUAGACUGUAAAGAAAAAGAAGAAACGAAAGAACAUAAAGAAGACAUCAAUACAGACACAUCAUUACAAGAAACAGAUACUUUCCAAUCAUCAGACAUUGGAUUCAAAUUAAAUUUAGAUUAUAAAGAAAAAUUCAUUGAAGAAACCCCCUCAACUGUAGAAAAAACUAAAGAUGGCAAGUCAGCCUUUGAAACUACAUUUCCCACCAAAUUUUCAGAUGAAGAUGAAAGUACUGAGGAGGAUGAAGGAGAUGCUGUUUGUAUGGGAGGAGCUGGUUCAAGACCAUUAUCAGUGGAACCUUGGAAGUCAGAAGAACUAAAGGAAAACAUUUCUGCACAACCAUCAGAACCAAGUAUACAAAAGGAAGAAAUUAUUGUCCAUUCAGAAGAAUUGACUAAAGGUUGCAGUGAAAAAUCAACUGAACCAGAGGAGUGUAAGGUUGAUGCCACAUCAAUUGUACUUUCUUCUGCAAAUACAAGUAGUAAAGCUGUCUCAGAGAUUCUAACUGAGACUAAACCAACAAGUAUUACACUGCUCUGCUCUGACAGUCAGACAAGUGGUGUGGAUGGCCAACAUGAAACAUUAUUUUCAAAAGGGGCUGCAAAACCUGAGAAGGAGGCUGAGAGGGAAUGGGAAGGAGAAAGAGAGGUUGCCUCUCCAGUGUUAGAGUCACAUUCUGAUUUUCAAAAGUCUGACGGUGCUGAUGAGAAAUGUUCAGAGAAGGCUGAUAGUGAGAGAAUGAAAUCUAAUGACAAGGUUACUUAUGAAGUGGAAAAAGAAAGCUAUGAGGCUUCUAAAUAUGAGCCUUAUGAAAAACCCAUUUCAAAAGACAGUGACAAAGAAAGAGAGGAAGAAGACCAGUACCCAGGUAUGGAUAGAGAUUUAGAUUACAUUCGAAAAACAAGUCAGGCAAUGGAGCUUGGAGCUACUUGUUCAGUAGAGGAACACAGUGACGAUGAGCCGGUGUCUUUUAGCAAGGUUGAUUACCAGACUUCACCAAGUAUUUACAGCAGCCAAAGUGCCUACUCAGAACAAGACAACAAAGACCUAUACCAAGAGGAAGAGUUGGUUAGAGAAGAGAGACUAGAUACUUCUGUUGACAGCAGUUCUACAUAUGAAAGCAAAGAUACUUUAGCAGCAGGUUCAAGCUUUUGUGCCUCUAGUGAUACGCAAGACAAAUCAGAGAAAUUGGAAAGAGAAGAGAAAGAAAAGGAGAAAGAGGACACACAUUCUUCACUUCUAUCAAAACUUGAUGGAAGUCAUGUUCAACUGUCAGAUAUAGAACCAUGUACAUCUGCUUCCAGCUUUUCAAAACCUGAUGUGCAAGACAGGGAUCAUAGAAGGGAUCAAGUUGAAGAAACAAUGGCAACACCUCAUUUAGAAGACUUAGACAAAACCAAACCGCCCUUGACACAAGAUUUCACUCCCCAAGGGCUUCUCACAUCAUCCCAAGAUCAAAGUGUUCAAGGUCUAACAACUUCAUCAGCAUCUGCCUAUGAUGAAAACAAAACAGGUAGUACAAUCUCAGGUGAAGGUAAAGAUAAAAACAAACUGGGUUCUGAUGAUAGCAAAGAUGACCCAUUUUCUUCUGGUCGGUACUCACCACCUGAAAAGGACUUGCUUCCUGCCAGGGUAUUACCUGAAGAUCCCUGCACAGCCACUCCAGGUUCUUCAGGGCAAUCUGUAAAUGUUGAUGACAAUGUUCUUGCAUUUGAAUGUACCGCCAAGACAGAUUUAGUUUCCAGCAAGCCUUUGGUUGUGAGCACAGAGGAGGAGGAAUGCAUGGUCAGAAGUCAAAAAAUAUUUGCAGAAGAAGAGGAUGAUUUUGAGGAUGAAGAAGAGGAAGAUGCAAGUGACUUGGAUAUUGAAAAGGGUGCUAGAGAGUUGUCAGAGAAAGAGUCUAAAGCAGUAUUUGAUACCACAAGUGCAUCAAAAUCACCUGAAGGAAAAGAAAAAGACUCUGUUAGUUCAUUAGUCUAUGGAGGAACAGCAGAGGUUCCACAGACAGGGAAGAUUGUUGACUCAUCCACAGACAAAACGGAGUCCCUCUCAACAAAACUGUCAUCAGUACAAGGAGAGCAAUAUGAAGUUAUUGACAAGCAGUUCGAAAAGUCCAAGAAAGAAGAUACUAGUUCAGUCCAAUCUGAGACAUCCAAACCCAGCGAUGACAAACAUGAACCACAGAGAACUGAUAAAAAGCCUGAAGUGUCUGAAUCCCUAACUGCCACUCAAGCGCCCAUGUCUGAUGGAACUUACUCAUCAUCUUCAUCUAUUAGUUACUCUUCUUCAACAUCUGCAUCAUAUUCUACUGGCCAACAUAUAGGAGAUGGGCUAGAUACACAUAUUAAUGUUCCUAGUUUUCAACUAAGGUCAGAUGGGGACACUGUAUCAUAUGAAUACUCUUCCCUAAAAGAGGAAGAGUCACCCACUAUGGAUUUACCAUGUUUAAAAAAGGACGAAUACAUGGAAGUCUCGGAUCGAAUGACACAUGCUACGACAACAGCUGAAUCAAUAUCUAGUCUUGCUAGGUUUUCUCCUCUCAGUCCCCUGGAGGAAUCCAAAUCAUUUCUUCAAGAUCAAAUAUCUUCGGCAGAGGAAAAAUCAGAGGAAGAUAUGUCAAGCAUUAAAUCUGACAAAGAUCAUGUCUCUGAUCCUAAGCAUGUAGAACCACCUUUCUCAAAAAUGCCAGAAUCGGAAACUUCUAAGCAUGCAGCUCAAACAACUGAGGUGGCAUCUACAACAUCUCUCAAGUUUGAGAUAGCGCCUUUGGAGAAAGCUGACUCCAAGGAAAAACACUCAGAAGAAAAGUCCUCUGAUGAUGAGCCUGAGAAUAAUAAAAGCGAUUUUGAGGAAGGAACACUGCCUUGCAGAAUUGAGUGUGACAAAUCAUCUUCAUCUGAGCAACACACUGAUGCAAAUGUACUCUCAACCAAAACAUUGCAUUCAUUUGAGCUGAAAUGCAGCUCUGAACCAACAGAAAUGGCAAGUUCUCAAAACGUGCCAGUCAUGGCAUGUGGGACUCUGAGUACAAGCACACUAAGUGAACAAAUCGUGAAGCAAGAAUGGGAAGAGAUGUCUGAAAAAAUUAAAGACUUGCCUGAGAAAGUAGAAGAGAGAUUUGACAUGAAAGAAGAAACGUUGAGCCAGGCAAAAUGUGAAGAAGUGAUAGUAAAGCAUAAAGAAAUAGAGGAUGAACAGAUACAUCCUGAAAAGAAGUGUGAUGUGAGGUCAGAAAAGAUGGGAGAGAUCCUAGAUGGCAAGAAAUCAGAGAAUAAGAGUGAAAGUGAAGGAAAACCCAAAGAGUCAGAAGAAAAAGAAGAGGUAAAACAAGCUGAAAUCGUAGUAGAAAAGGAAAGCAAAGAAAAAGACAAAGAGAGUAAAAAACAAACUGAAGAAAUUAUUAUGGAAAAAUAUAGCAAAAACGUACCCGAGUCUAGCCAGCAUACUGCCAUUUCUUCCACAAUGGAACAUGAAGAUAUUGUAUGUCUAAAGGCUCCCCCUGGCUAUGGGGAAGAUGUUUAUGAAGAUAUAGACAGGGAAGAAUCGGAUGAAGAGAGGGAAGUGAAGUAUGAUUCUAAAGAACGUCCAUCAAGUCCACCAUCAGGAGCGCAGGCUUGUUACGCUGAAGUCUCCAAGAAAGCAGAUGAGGGAUUCACUCGACCUUCUGACCUCAGUAUGGAGGCCACGUCCUCUCAUUCACCUUCACUUUUUAAACAUCGUAAAGGGGAUAUUUCCCCAUCCUUUAUUAAUCCAAGCCCACAUGAUCUGUCAAGUGAGGAGGGAGACGAUGAUGCCAGAAGUGAUCAUUCAAGAGAUGAUGAUGGUGAUGAGCGUGAGCAGCACUCUGUCAAAAGGAGAUCCCACAAGCAACAACAUCAUCAUCAGCAAAGUCGUCAGGAGGAAGGCAAAGAGGGAUCACACAGCAUAAUGGGUGGUACAUCAACUGGUCACGGCAUUAUGCUAGCAGGAGAGGAAACUCCUCCUACAUCAUUGAGCGAGUCGCUCCCAUCUCAAUCCGAUUCAGAUGUUCCUCCUGAGACUGAGGAAUGUCCAUCAAUUACAGCAGAAGGAAACCUUGACUCUGAUGAAGAUGCAGAACAUCUUCCAGUGGACAAAAUGUCUGCAGCUGGCGGCAGUGGAGGAAGCCAUCAUUCCUCCUCCCCGAGGAGCCACGAUCCCCCUCCCAUUCCAAUGAAAGACCCACUUCCACAUCCACCACACCCUGAUGUGUGCAUGAUUGACCCAGAAGCACUUCUUAAUGGUCAGAUCCAAACAGAAAGACCAGUCAAGAAAGACCAUAAAACAAAUAGAGGUUUGAGGAAGACACUAGGAAAAUCUGCUUCGCCAGCACGUAAGGGAGAUGCAAAAACCAGAAGAUCUACUACCCCAGUGAAACAGACAUCCAAAGACUCCUCACCUCAUACUCUCAAAAGAAAAGAUUCAGAAAAGACAUUUCGUUUGACAAAAAUGUCUGAGACAGAGGGAUCCAGGGGAGACUCAGGAAGAGGGCUGGUCAAUGGCGUUAAGAGUAAUGCAGCUUCCAACCUGAAAUCCAAUGCUGGGACUCCACCAGGACCACCCAUCUAUGUCGACCUAGCUUACAUUCCCAACCACUGCAGUGCUAAAAAUGUAGAUCAAGAGUUCUUCAAGCGAGUGCGAGCAGCAUACUACGUUGUCAGUGGAAAUGAUCCAGGGAGUGGUGAACCCAGCCGUGCAGUUCUAGAUGCACUCCUAGAAGGGAAAGCACAAUGGGGCACUAAUCUCCAGGUCACUUUAAUCCCUACACACGACACUGAGGUAACUCGGGACUGGUAUCAGCAAACCCACGAGAAGCAGCAGGACCUGAAUAUAAUGGUCUUGGCCAGCAGCAGCACAGUGGUCAUGCAAGAUGAAUCUUUCCCAGCCUGCAAAAUAGAAUUUUGAAUUGGUUUUCUAUUUAGAGCUUGCCAUUCAUUCCUCAUUCAUUUCUAAUCUUUUAGGUUUAGAUGAGUUCCUCCACCCACAGCCUUCCACGCGCUGCCAUUUAUAGUUUGUAUUCUAAAUUCUAAUCCUCAGAAAUGCAACAAAAUCCUAGUGCUGUCAAGGGACAUUAUUAUAAGCUUCGGUCCUGAAUCUGUAUUACAUUUCUGAUUGCAUCUGCAAGGCUUUGGCAUACAAAUGAAUGUUCACUAGCUAGCUUCUAUGAACAAUGACAUAAUGUUCAACGUAGGCUGAAGUUGCAGUGCAAACCGAGUUUACCCGUAUUCCUUAUCCUAACUUAAAGAGACCAAGGCUUUAUCCUGCCUGUAAUUCGAAUUGGAAGCACAAAUAAUAGCCUUUGUAAAUUGGUUCGAACAUCAUCUGAUUUACGUUCCGCGUCCUUUAUCAUUAAUCAUACCACAUAUAAACACAGUUGCCUGAGAAAACAUACUCUAAACGUAAGGUUGCAAGGCCUUGAAGCAAAUAACUUUUCUGAAAACAGAAAGUUCACUGUCUUGUGAGCUACUAUUACAGUAAGGCUAGACAGUCUCCUCAUGAGAUCACAUACCAGCAGAAAGAGUGAAGAAAGAAAUAGCUAAUCCAAAGAGGAUUUGUGCCAAAUCUCAAUUCUGUCAAACGGUGAUUUACAAAACGAACCACAAUCCAAGAUUUGUGUCCUUUAGGUGGCAGGAGAUGGAUCAUUCUCAAACAUGCAAUCCAGUAGUAGUUUAAUAAUGUUAUAGUAGCAGAGACAGUACAUGCCUACACAUGCUUUUAAGAGUAAGGCAAAGUAGAUGGCGUUAAUUACAAACUACUAGCUUACAGAAAUGACCAGUCUUGGUUGACUAUGAUAAAGGCGAAAGGUUUUUAGAAAGAUUAUGGUUGUGAAUUUGAUAUUUGAAUUUUUAUUGGUACUUUAAUGCAUUGAUCUGCGGUGAGGAUCAACUUUUUUUCAAAAGCAGACUUUUUUUGGGCUACCCCAAAAGUUGUACCACUAUUCGUAUUGUACUUUAUUAUUAUUAUAAUAUUAUUUAUUAUAUUAACUUUACAUUAUGUUACUCGGGUAAUGUUGUUUUCAGUUUUCCAUAAUGUCAUUAAAGUGUGACUGACUUUAAAUGUGGCAACUUUAUUCACUUUAAAAGUUUUCUAUGUUAAUGCGGAGGAUUCAGACUGGCAAUGUCCUGAAUGUUUUGUUUGCGUUUUGCUGAUAUACUUGAUAUUUUUCUUCCCGAUUUGAGAUUUCCUGACCCACAAGCACUUUAGGUUUAUCUUGUUUGAAAGAAAACUGGUGGUGGAUCUACACUAUAUAUUAAAAUGUAGCAGUCGACAGAUUUGUUCUAGAGAGACAAAAUCAAAAGAAAUGAACAGGCUUCAUGGUUGUUGUGAGAGCGACAGUGAGGGUUACCCUCAUGUGCCUUUUGCUUGUUGUUUGACAAAGAAAAUGCUGAGUCACUACAUAGAUGUAUUGUGUUAUAUACAAAUAUACAACAAUACAUCUAUUAACAUGUAGUCAUUUUGAGUUAUCUGGACUUGGAAAUUCUUUAUAGCCUUACUUCCUUAGGUUUACGCUAACACAGUUGUAACCAACUGACAAGUUUGAGUAUUAUAAAAACAGCAGGUGUUUGUAACAUUAUGUUGCAUGAUUAUGAUUGCACUUUUCUAAAACGUCGGCUUGGUAGAUGUAUCAUGUAAAUAAUUACGUAACAUUUUAAUUUAUAUGACAAAGCAAAUAUAAAAAUGUAAGUGACUGUCAGAUGCACUUGUAUUUUGGUCUAACAACAACUUUCAAGUACUUUAGUUAGCUAUGUACGUUAAUGUUUGUGGAGGUCAGUUAUUGCGAAGAAAUACUCUUAAAGUAUUACAAAAUGAACAUUUUUAAAUAGAUUUUAAAUUCGGUUGCUAAUAUCAGUUCACUAAUUGGCAUUUUUAUGUUUUUAAAGAUAUAUAUUUAAAAAAUACUAAUAUAUUAAAAAUCUGAAGUUAUACCCUACACUAAAAGCUAACAGUUAGUGUUUUUGUUUGCAUUGGAUGCAAGAACGAUAAUGGCAGUUUGCCAUUGGCAAAGAUAUGAAAUAUGCAUUUGCAGGGUCCUAUGAGUUCCUCAAUGUGGAAAGCAUGGUCAAAAUCAUAGAAAGCAGACAUAAAAACGCAAUUAGAAUUCAUCAAAACUAGUCCUGUCCACCUAAUCAAAACACAAAGUUGGUUAGUAUAGUAGUAGUAGUAACGUUCAGCAUGUUCUGGUGUGAAAAACUACUGAAAAUUAUGUAGACAGAAACUCAUGGUUCUUCAUGACCACCCAUCAAAAGAAAAUAAAAAGAAAUCUAUGACUGUUGUACAGUAGAAUUUACUUCUGAAUGUAAUCUUUUUUCUUAAGAUUUUUUUUUUUGCUUUACUGAAAUAGGACAGUAUUCAAACAGUAAGACAAGAAAGCUGGAAAUUUAUAUGGAAAUAUAAAAUAAUUUAAUGAAUAAGACCCUUGUCUGGUCAUAGAAUCUGCAAUAUGACCAAAACGGCAGGCUAGAACUUUAGCACAAAGCCUAGUGUCUGUACAGAUUAUUGAAAUCGGUCUGUAACUAGAGCAACUGAGGGGGUCCUAUCCCUUUUUUCAAAAUCAGAGAGAUAAGGGCAGUAUUCUGUUCUCUGUGAAAACAGUCUGUAUCUAUUGCAAAAUUUAAGGAAAUUAGUCCUAACAAGUCCCAUACAACCAAAUACAACUCUGGGGUUAGACCAUCUAGGCCUUACCUUUAUUCAUUGGCUAAAAAUGGGGGGAAAGGGUUUCAUAGGGCCCUGCAUUUAGAACUGGAGUAGACUCAAUUUGAGAUCUUUUAGUACACUAUAAGCAGAAUCUUCAAUAGACCUCGUUGGUGAAUGCACAACUUGCUUUCAAGACAACAGCGUUAACAUCUGUCCUAUUCCAAAAUGAGUCUUGAAACACUCCAUCCUUAAAUCUAGUCGUGACGUGUUUUAUUGUAAUUGUCAGUAUUAUUCUUGCAGAAUACUUCCUUUUGUGUUAUUUGAAAAUAGCUUUUAAGUUCUCUCAAAGUGACAGGGUCUUUGUGUCUGUUUACUAAAAAGCACAGGUUACCAACGUCAAAGAAAUGACUUGUAGGGCCUCAAAAAGGCAGUAGCCUUGACAAUUUAACUAUUUAUUGGUUAAUUAUAUAUACAAAUAUUGAAAAUAAAACCCACACUGAGACCUUUUUUUUUUUUUUUUUCGGUUGAAGGAUUAUGUUCAAUGGGCUGAAUAUGUACUGUAUGUUAUAUGGUCUGGAUAUAUUUUCAUAUUUGAAAACAUUUAAUUUCAAAUACCUGGCCUUAGUAACAAGUACUAUAUGGUCUUGUUAAUUAGCUGUGAUUUCUUUACACAAAACGAGGUUUGUGUUAAAGAUGAAUGCACUAACUUUAAAUAAUACUUUUGAAUGUAAAAGUUGCUUUGCUGGAUGCUGCUUGAACAAAACAAAGAACUAGCAAAAUAUGCACAUGGAACAGUGAACCUCAGACAAUGGGUCACAGAGAGAGCAGUGUCUAGAACCGUGAGUGACUCAUGACGAAAUAUUGCUGAUUUUAGUACACAUAACUGUCAUAAGAAAAUAACAUGUUGGCUUGCAGAGGGCUGUUUCACAACUACCACACUGAAAACUCAAUAUACUACAGACUUUCCUUCUAUACAAUGACUUGAAAUGCCAAAAUGGAUCGAAACAAAUGGCGUAACCUGUACAUAUAAAUCGAAAUAGCUGACGUGGUCAUUUCUGUGAAACGCUUUCUUUUAAAGGAGCUCUAUGGACAUUGUUAUUCUAAUUUCUUAAAGGUAAAAAAGACUGCAAAGUACCUCUAUGAACCUCUAUUAGUUCAGAUUACAUCAUCAUCUUAAUCAUCAUGUGAUGGAUUCAUUUGGCCAUUCGUCAUGCAUACUCAUCCAUAUUUGCAUGUGACCUUAUUAGUUAUACUCCUGAAUGUAAUCGUUUAAUAAUCAGAAUUAAAACAGACAAAAAAUAAUAAUAAUGCUAUUUUAAGAAGAUAUCUUUGAAGCUAACUGUCUUUAUGGUACUGAAAUAUGCAUAUAUUAUUGGGCUUGGCUUCUGUUUGCCCUAAGAUGUUGUCGAGAAGAUGCUGUGAUAUUUCCUUGUUUUUUGGCGCUGUAUGAAUCUUAGUUCUCUUCUUCUUUAGUGCAAUAUUCAACAUUCUGUCUUUAAAAGCUCAAUGCAAAAGUAGAUUUCUGCUGAUUUACUGUAAAAGGGAACCAUCCUGGUGAUCAUCAAUAAAACAUCAAAAUUUGGAAAAGUC